AUGGGAAUCCUAGGCAACGUCACGUCACUGUUGUGCAUCUUGUUAGCACUAGCUGUGACUGGAAUCUCAUAUCCUACUACAAUCAAUAUCACCGCAGAGGACUUCGCGAAUAUGCCAGACAUAAAAGUCAGGUCUGACGGUACCAUUGUCCCUCACACGGGCACAAUAGACAUGGUCUGUGGUGGAUGCACACCAUCCUAUUCCUAUUCGAAAGUAGGGGACGGCAAUCCUCAUCAGAACUUUGUCAUCACCCAGAAGGGUGGGACUAGUGUUGAGUGCAGUACCCCGGAGACAUCCACGGGAACCGGCUACUCACUCACUCUGGGCUGGAGUAUGUCCCUAGGCUUAGACGCUGAGUUCAGUUCCCUCGGAUUCGAAGUAACAGAGGAACAGAGCUACUCAGUUAGCAACACAUUCACGUGCGAUGGCGUUGCUGCGGAGAGGGGUUCUAUCUGUGUUCUGUUUUAUCAAGCUGUCACAGCGUUUACGGUACAGGUGACUGAGGAGCUAGAAUGUGCCUGCGGGGAAUCUUCCACUAUUGACCGCGGGACGGCAAUUGUCUACGCACCUAACGCAGAUCAAAUUGGCAGUGUGCAGGCAAGGGGCAUCAACGUGGUAUCGCAUGGAGUCGAGCAGUGCUGGGGUGAAAGUGACCGAACAAUCAACUACUAUUGUGGACCUCCAGGGCUCCCGGAUUUCUGGAGACUCCAUGAUGCAGGGCCCUGGGUCGACGACUAUGUGAACAAACGGGAGCCAGCUGGCUGCGAUAUUCCAAUUGAGGCCAACCAGUACUACGACUGA